AUGCAAACAAAAAUUUUAACAGAUAUGGAAGAUGUGAUGGCUGAAACCCUCAACAUCAUUCAUAAUGAAGGAGAGUCAUUUUCCCAAAGGGCAGAAAUGUACUACAGGAAGAGGCCACAGCUGGUAGGUUAUGUGGAAGAAGUCUUUCGCUCAUAUAGAGCAUUAGCAGAGAGAUAUGAUCUUCUAUCAAAGGAGCUCCAAAGCGCCAACCACACUAUUGCCAUUGUUUUCCCAGAACAAGUCCAUUAUAGAAUUGAUGAGGAUGAUGCUGAAGAAAGUUUCCCUGGAACAAAUUCAUCAUCUCAAGAUCCCAACAAUCAAACACCAAAACCAGGCAUUCCUAAAGCUCCAAAUUUCCCAAAUAAGGACUUUAGAAGUCCAUCAAUGUUGCUUUCUAGGAAGGGUCCACUUAGGAGGGUUUCUAGCCCUGCAAAAUCCCCUCCCACAAGUCCUAGUUCAGGUCUGAGUAAGGCUGAAGCACUAGCAGAAGUUGACAAGCUUCAGAAAGAAAUUUUGGCACUACAGACUGAGAAAGAGUUUGUAAGGAGCUUGUAUGAAAAUUCCUAUGAAAAGCACUGGGAAAUUGAAGACCAGAUUACACAAAUGCAGAAAAGGGUUUGCAGCUUGCAAGAUGAGUUUGGAAUUAAUACAUUCAUAGAAGAUAACGAUGCACGAGCUCUGAUGGCUGCAACAGCUCUGAAGUCAUGCAAAGAGACCCUGGCUAAGUUGCAAGAGGCACAGGCACAAUCAUCUGAAGAGGCUAAAGAAUCAUACCAAAUGGUUAAGGAAGCUCACAGCAAGUUUGAAACCCUUAGAGACCUAUUCAUUUCUAAACAUAAGAGUCAACAAGACCAAGUAACAGAACCAAAAAGCAUUGAGGAAGAAGACAUGUCUAGCUUGGAAGAAGAAAUCUAUGAACAUGAUGUGGGGCGGUUGCAAGACACAAUUAAGGAAAAGCUUGAGGGAGAUUCAGUUAGCUCCCUCACUAUGACAGAAAUGGCAGAGAAGAUUGAUGAGCUUGUAAAUAAGGUCGUUACCCUUGAAACCACAGUCUCUUCUCAGACUGGCUUGGUAAAGAGACUGAGAUCAGAAGCAGAUGAACUUCAAAAAAAAUUAUUGAGCUUGGAAGAGGACAAAGAAGUGUUGAUAGAAGAUUCAGAAGGAACCAAAAAGAAGCUGGAAGAAGUGGAGGAGGAGUUGAAGAGAGUUAAAACUCUCAAUCAAAGUGUCAAAAGGCAAGACAACAGCCUCCAGACACAGUUUACUGAAGCUAGUUGUGAUCUUAAACAUCUUUCAGGAAAAUUGAAUGAUGUGAAGCUAGAUGAGGAGGGGGAGAACUUGCAACUUCACAAAAACAAAAGUGCACAUGAUGGAGAACUGAAAGAGGAGUCUGAAAAACCAGGUGACAACACAGAAACCAUGAAGGAUAUUGAGACAACAAAGGAAGAAAAGGAAGAUUGUAGUGUAAAUCUUAGUGAUGUUGAAAAUGAAGAUAACAAGUCCAAUUCGAAAGAAAAUGUUGAUUUUAGGACUGAAGAGAUUCCAGAGCAAAUGCUGCAGAAUAAGGAUGAUUUGUCUGAGGCAAGGAGUAAUCUUGACACUGAAUCACUUGAUCAGGAGACUGGUGAGGAAGAAAAUCAAUUCAACAGGAGUCAGAUGAUUGCAAGUGGAUUUGAUGACAGAGAAAAGAUUCUGAAGGAAUUCACAUCAGUUUUAAAGAACUACGAGGAUGUAAAGGACGAGCUCAAUGAUGUGGUGAAGAAAAACCAGGACAGCAUUUUUCAAUUGGCACUUCAGGUGAGGGAAUUGAAGGAUACUGUUGAAACUAAAGAUCAAGAGAUAAACAUUUUACAACAGAAGCUGACCUGUUCGGAAACAAAUCCAGAUGAAAGUCCUUGCACCCCUGUUACAGAUUAUAAAUACACACCACAAGAAGCACUUCUUGGAACUGCAGCUCAAGGAACCGACCCUCAGGACCCUGAAAAUCCAUCUUCAAAUACAGAUGCAAUUGCAGUUAGUACUUCUUAUGCAGGGAAACACCAACAAUAUGUUGAAAACAAAGGAAGGAUUGGCAUAUUAGUGAAGGUGAGACCAAACCAGCUUGAUAAGAGCCACUCACUUUCAACCUUGGAAAAGAAAUUUCGUUCCAACAUUGAUGAUUUGCUUGAGGAGAACUUGGAGUUCUGGUUGAGGUUUAGCACCUCAGUGCACCAGGUUCAAAAGUUUCAAAGUUCUAUAGAGGACUUAAAAUUUGAGCUUAAAAGAAUAAGGGAUAACAUGUUUCAAGAGAACUCAAGUUCUAUACAAUCUGAGAUAAAACCAAUAUUUAGACACCUAAGGGAGAUAAGAACUGAUUUAUCACUAUGGCUGGAACACAGUGAAGUGUUGCAUGAAGAGUUGCAAGGUAGGCAUCCAUCAUUGUGCACCUUACAAGAUGAAAUAGCAAGAACAGCCAAUCCAAACCCUGCAUCAAAUAACAUGGCAAAACUAAGUGGGUAUCAGGCUGCAAAGUUUCAAGGUGAGGUUCUCAACAUGAAACAGGAGAGCAACAAGGUUUCUAGUGAACUGCAAGGAUGUGUCAGUUUUGUGAAGGAACUGAAGGGCCAAGUUGAGAAGAUGCUAGAAGAACUGAGUCAAGAAAUUGGAGUUAACAAUCAUGACCAUAUGAAACACUCCACAAGUAGUUCUAGAAUACCCUUGAAGUCUUUUCUGUUUGGAAUCAAGUUAAAGAAGCAAAAGCAAUCGUUCCUCUCAUGUGUAACUCCAACAAAGAGACAACACAGGAAUCUAGCAGCGGCUGAAGAUGCCCCUAUAUAGACACACCUUCAUCUUCUAUUUGAGUAUUUGGGCAACUCUACAUCCUGUAUAGUGUUUUUUGAAGGUUAGUUUGGUUAGAUUUUGAAGUUUUCUCGUACAAACCAUUUUGAGAUAUAAACCUUUGUGGUACGUGAUCAGCAUUUGCGUUGUGUGUAUAUAUACUUACACGGAAAUUUAAAGAUUCUCUCAAGAUUUCAACC